CUUGCGCUCGGGCGGGGACAGAAGGCGGGGCGGCACGGUGAGGGGCGGUGUCGCCGCGGUAUAGGGGCGGUGGCGGCGACGGAGCGGUGGUCCCUGCGCGAUGGCCGCUUCGGUUUUGUGCUGCCUGCGAUGCUGCAGAGACGGCGGGACGGGCCACAUCCCUCUGAAGGAGAUGCCGGCUGUGCAGCUGGACACGCAGCACAUGGGAACAGAUGUUGUCAUUGUAAAAAAUGGAAGAAGAAUAUGUGGAACAGGAGGUUGUUUAGCCAGUGCACCUUUACAUCAAAACAAAAGCUACUUUGAAUUCAAAAUCCAGUCUACAGGAAUAUGGGGUAUUGGUGUUGCAACUCAGAAGGUUAACCUGAAUCAGAUUCCCCUUGGCCGAGAUGUGCACAGUCUGGUGAUGAGAAAUGAUGGAGCCCUAUACCACAACAAUGAAGAGAAAAACAGGCUGCCAGCAAACAGCCUUCCACAGGAGGGAGACGUGGUGGGUAUUACAUAUGACCAUGUAGAAUUAAAUGUAUAUUUGAAUGGAAAAAACAUGCAUUGUCCUGCAUCAGGUAUACGAGGGACAGUGUAUCCAGUUGUUUAUGUUGAUGACAGUGCAAUUUUGGAUUGCCAGUUCAGUGAAUUUUAUCAUACUCCUCCACCCGGUUUUGAGAAAAUAUUAUUUGAACAGCAGAUCUUCUGAAUGUAUUAUUUUUGAAACUUGUAUUUCUGCACUGUUACAAGUGUUUACCAUUUAAUAAAGCUUUAUCUGACCUGUAGAUGAAAUUAUAUUCUUAAAAUUUUGCUUGUUAAUAUUAUCUAAAGAAGCAUUGUAUUCAAUAUGCCACCCAGAGUGUUGAGUUAAAAUAAUUAUGCUUUGUGCUAUAAAAAUCAGCAUUUGGGGAAGUUUAUUAAUUCUUAUUUAAAUAAAUAUAUCUAUGAGUUUUAUUAACAGUAUUAAUGGUAAUAUGUGUAUAAAUAUUUAAAAGGGAAUCUUUCUUAUAUAAAGUGUUUUGAUAGAGAUAGAGAGUUGGGUGAUUUUUUUGUCAUUCUGAAAUUUAGAUCUCACUAAUUAUUUUAAAUCU